AUGAAAAAAAUUCUCUUGCUUUAUAGUGAAAUCAUUUUCACUGAAUCAAUUCUAUUUGCUGCAUUCAAUACUGUCUCUUAAAUUGAAGGCUUAAUUUAAAAAUUAAAUCAUUUCUAUUUCCCUCCAAAUCAGCUGUGUUAUCAAUUAUAUAAUAAUCGUCACAAUAUUAGCAUAAUCAUCUUUUAUUUUAACAACUAUCAUUUUGUUUAUUCCUCAUUAUAAAUUAAAAUUUUUUUUUAAGCUUUCUAUCUCACUUCCAUAUUAUACAACUCAAUAAGAAAUCAUUAUAAAAAUUAAAGUUGUGGUUAACAAAUAGAAACUUAAAAUAAAAAAACAAUUAAGUUAAGAAUACCUUCUAUUUAUUUGUUAAUCCAAAUUUACUGA